AUGCCUUCUGACUUCAUUCGCUGCCGUGCUCGGCAGAUCCAGCGGUACGCCUGUGCGAAGCCAGCACAGCCCUUCGCCGACCUCAUCACCAAGAAGCAUUUCCGUCGCGCUGCCAACCUCGAGAAAGACUUUGCUCUGAGUCUCUCUCCAGACGACGAGGCGCAUCUGAAGCCUUUUCUUCGUUGUUGUUCAUGGGUGCGCCUCAAAGUUCCUGCUGAGCCCAAAGACGAUAUCGUCGACAAAGCGGUGAUAGUCAUCGAGGACAGUGAAGAUGAAGAUGACAGCGAGAGCGGUAACACGGUCGAGAGUGAUGACGACCAAGUUCAGAAAGCCGAAAACGAGCCCGCGCUCUUCGCCGAGAGCGACAUCAACAAGUCCAACGAAGAGUCCGGGGUUGAACGGAACGCCGCUGCGAACCGCCUCACCCAGCUAGAAGAGAAGCUCGAUAGGAUCAUAAGCAGGGUAGACCCCCUGGGGACACAAGAUGUUACCCCCUGUUCAGCCCUCGGUGCAGGGUCAACCACAUUGGCCUCUUCGCCAUCGUCAGUCUACGCAUCCCCCACAUCACUACUAUCGAGAGAGACCAUCACAAGGGCAAUCGAAAUCUACUUCACACGAAUACAUCGCCAACCACUAUGGUUGUUUGACACCGAGUCCCCACCAACGCCAGACUCCAGCGUGGAGCUUAUCUGCGUCAUCCUGGCCUUGAGUGUGACCUAUGGUGACGCCGGAUUCUCCGACACCGGCUUGAGGAGUCCAAUAUUUUAUGGGAACACCGCCCGAAGACUGGUCAUGCUUAAGGUCGCUGAAGGGACUGUUGACUUGCAGAGUGUCCAAGCUUUGUGCCUGUUGGCCUUUUUCAAUCUCAUUUCUGGCGAUAUACCUCUGGCUGGCCUCAACACCACGCUAGCAAAGAAUAUUUUGCAGUACCUGAACCUCGGGCACCAAGGUCAGAAUAACUCUUCGACCACUGACGAGCACUCGAAACUAUUUUGGAGCAUCAACCUUUUAGAUGCAUGCUACGGGCUACCAGUUCUCGCCCCCUCUUCUUCUGCGGACGCGCAAUGCCCGAACUACUCGACUAUUCAAACAUGGAAAAAUUCUGUGACAUGUUCCCCUUUCCCUCAACAAUCUCGGCCUGAAGGAGUGCAGACUCUCCCACACAUUUGGUCCCAUUCUGCGAGAAUUAGUAGUCUAUGGGGAGCGGUCAGACUCUAUAUAUCGCGGUGCUUUGAAGACGCAAUUAGGGCUCCCUGGCAGCCGACCUCGGACUACUCCACACUAUGCUCAGAUCUUCUGGAAUUCGAGACGUCGUUUCCAGUCUCACUGAGUUAUAAUAUGGUAAACUUCCCGGAACGUUCUCCCCAAGAGGUCCAAGACAACCGAGCGGACUGGCUACCAUGGCUCAGGCUGCAGGUGACCUACCACGCCAUUCACUGCGUUCUGAAUCACCCGUUUCUGUACUCGCCCGAGUCCUCCAAGCAGAGACUUGGGUCCAACACGUUCUGGAGAGGAUCGUUUGAGAAGGCUCUCCGCCAUUGCACGUGGAUCUCCCGAUUGAUAAGGGUUGCUAACGAGAAGGGCCUCGAUCUGGCAGACCCGUUCUUUGCCCAGGCGGCGGCUAUCGCUGGGACAUUACACUUGUACUGGACGCGCAGCAAUGACGAUACCUUGAAGAACUCGGCUACAGGCAACUUGGAGAUCUGUCAGGGACUGAUUGUCCAGAUGGCAGCACAUUGGCCGCUUUGCGUGACGAUGUCACGCGCCUUGGAGCACUUCAUUGAUCUUGUUAGUGCAUCGAACGGGAAGGAAGCGGAAGCAACUCCGGUUGCAGCGAAAAAGUCAUUGAUGUGGAUGAUCAUGGAUAUCGCCGCUCCACAUUUCCCAGCCUACCCCGGUGACGCAUCAAACGACAAAGAUCUUUGUGAAACUGGGUUCAAUGAUGAUGAGUACAGGGCGACGAAUGAGUCUGAGAUACACUCCUCUCCAACUGAUAUGAGGGAGUCCACAGCACACUAUGCGUCACCUCCUGAAUGGCUACCGUCAAGAUCGGAUGGUCUCAGUACGGAGCACCGUACAAAAGAGUCUUUGCAGGAACAAAGACAUGUGGUCCCUUCCGGUUCUAUUGAGGAAAUGGGGUUUGAUAGGAACAGUCUAGAUCUAUUGUGGGGGCCUUGGGAGCAGAUGAUGCGUAUGAGCACGAACCCUAUUACCGACUUGGACUGGUGGGACAUGAGUAAUCUGUGA